AUGGGCUCAAAUGUCUUUCUUACCUCCAACGACGACGUUACCAAAGACCCUACUUGGAUAAAAGGCGUCAAACCAGACGGCCAAGGGAGGACGGGGAAUGCAGUCACUGCUGCUGUCAUUGUCGUGGACAAGGAAGAGGGCGCCGUGGAUGCGUUUUACAUGUACUUCUACGCCUACAACUAUGGUGGCGAAGUGCUUGGAUGGUCGGAAUUGAAUUUUGGUAUGUCCUCUCGGACCCUUCUCUUCCUCAUCUCCAACUCACAAACACGGCCACGGCCACGCUGA